AUGGCAGAUUCAAUUACGAAAAUGUUGGAAGAAAGCGGAGAUCCUCGUGGCCCUCUUAGCGCCCUGAAUCCGUUUACUACGGCUGAUUUGCUUAACUCGGUUGAUACUUCAUUACUAAGCAAUGCUGUGGAUAUCAAACAUGACGGGAAUGAAUGGAAGGCUAUUGUCAAGCUUCCCGGAGUUCCCAAAGAGGCUGUUAAUACCAGAGUAGAAGGCAACAACCUCCAUAUAUCGGCCGACAUUGAACAUAGUAUUCUUGCUGGUGGACCUGACAUCACCGUUGAAUCGAACCAGACUAAGAAAUUUUCUCAUUCUGUCGUUAUUCCUCCGCAAUAUAAUGCGGACAAGUUGGAGACAAGAUUUGAAAACGACACUACAAUCAUCACUAUUCCUAAAACAUAA